AGGUGUAUCACUUAAAUUCUCGUCUUCAAAAAGCAGCAGCGGAUCGUGAUUUGCAGAGAAAGGAAUUAAGAAAUUUGAAGAAACAGAGAAAGCGCCAAUCCGCUGAACAGAAUCCUGAUGAUGAUAUAGUUAUUAUGGUACCGACACAGAAAACUACAACAGUUGAUAACUCUGAAGAAACCCCUACCGUUAUUGUUAAUUCUGAAGGAUCAGAUGGAAAGACUACAAUUACUCGUAUAAAACGUCCAAAAGACAAAGCUUCUGCUGAUUCAGAUACGGAUGGUUCAGUGGAUUUAGAUGCGCUCAUAGCUGAAGGCAGUGACUUGGAUUCUAAUGCAAUUCAAUUGAAUGAUGAUGGUUUGGACGAUGGUGAUGACAGCUUUUGGAAAAUUGAUCCUGCAGAGCUUGAAAAACAUUUAUCUCCAUCGACCACUCCUUUACGUCGUCCCUCACCAGACCCACAAAUUACACCAACUUUUCCAAUUUCUAACAGACCAGUCAGCAUGAUCGCGGAAGAAGACGAGAAUUUAAGUGAUACACCUCUCGAAAUUGAUG